AUGAUACCAGUGUUUGGUGGAGCUGGUGACGAUAACAGCGAUGGUGAUUUCUGCAGCAGCAGCAGCCGAAGCAACAACAACAAUCAAAGGCUGCUAAAGGAGGCGAUACGCUCCUGCGACUCCUCCCCAGCCACUGCCCACUUGGAGAGAAUCCUCGACGAAUCAUCGAGACAAUCAGAUCACGUUGAUGAUGAUGAUGAAACUCUCCUACAGAUAAAGCCGAGGACAGAGGCCUCUCCUGAACUAGCACUAAGUCACUCCAGUCCGCUUACACUACCCACAGAUAGUACUUUAACGCGCAAUAGUAAUCUCAUUAGUAACGGUAACAACAACAACAACAAGAGCAACAACAACAGGGUUCAUGUCGACGACAAUUACAAUUAUCAACAGCAACACCACACGACAAUCUGCACUGAACAAGAAGAACAGCAUCAGCUCAACAAUAAUCAUCAUUAUUACAAUCAACAGCAGCAGCAACUGCUGUACAACACCGGUGAUAGCAACUCCUAUCAAGAAGAAGAAGAAGAGCAAUACCACAAUCACCCCGGCGACCUCUCCGAGUCGCUGUCCUCCCUCUACCUGCCGACGCUCUCUCGGCAGCUAGGCACGACCAUCAUGAGCGGCCUCAACUGGAUCAACCAGAUCGACUUUAACAACCUCCUCCAGAGUCUGGUCAACCCGUCGAGCAUCUUUCGGCGGCGCAACUCGGCAACGCCCAUCAUUUCACCGCACCAGGGAAAGCCAUCGCAGGGAGCUUCUCAAAAUGGCGCCACCUUGGCCUCGCCCCUUUCCACCUCCGGAAAUGGAAGUUCUGUUACCACCUCACCGCCUCAACUGCAGCCGUACAGCUCGAGCACGCUGCAGACGAA